GCUUUUUUGAGAUGUGCAGGACUUUCCCGUUCUACCCGAUACGUGUUUAAAAAGAACAAUAAGAGGAUAAUGUCUUGUGUCGUCCCCCUUUAUCUUAAACCCUGUUUGAUACCAGGAUCGUCUAAUGCAAGCUUAACCCUUCAAUUUGAGUAUUGACAGAUUCGUCCGAAGAAAUGGAGAUGCCACUUCCCAUAACCGCAAGUAUCCACAUAGCUGCGCCCCUAUCCUGUAGAACUCCCCUGAUCAAUCCCCGUUCGCUCAACUACCAUAACUGUUGGGCGAGGCUUAGGCACAAUCAUACGUAUGUUCGAGUUGACCCGAGUUCAGAUGUUUGCCGUAAGAGCGCUGAUCACGGCUUGAGCGUUGCGGCUUCCGUUAACAAUGAUUGCCAGGACGCUUCGUUGAAUGGAGAAGAAAUGGGGAAUAUGCUUCAUCGGAGUAUUUGGGAAGAGACGGAUUUCGUUGAGGUGAUUGGAAUAGGGAGUCGAAAAAACACCAUUAUUGACUUCUGCCUGUCAUCUUCUUCAUGUUCACCGGCUUUGAGAUUUUGGAACAUUCUUGUUGAAGAUUCUGGGAAAGUGUUAUUGCACCAGAGGUGUCUGACUGAAGAUAUUAUAGCAGAAGUUGUGGAAGUGCCAUCUUCAUUGAGUUUGUGCUCUAAAGCAAUUAUACUUGUUUGUGGCUAAUGCAGCUUAUGGUGGAGAUAACGUCUUAUCACUUGAUAUUCUUAGGAGAGUAAGAUAUGCUGAUGGACUAGUCAUUGGAAUCAUCCUGAAACCUUUCUGCUUUGAAGGACGAAGGCGGCAGGAUGAGAUGAAUGAAUUGGUUGAUGAGCUACAAAAGCAAGCUAAUUUUUGUAUAGUUAUUGAUACUGAUGCACUUCUAGCAAAAGAACUUCUUACUCUGGAUGAGGCUUUGAAAACAUCAAACAAGGCAGUUUUGAUGGCUGUAAAUGCUAUAUCUGCUCUUGUAUCUGAUAGUUUCACACGGUAUCAAAAUUUACCAAAUAAUUGCUCUGAACUACUCAAAGUGCCACAGCUAUCAAAUAUUCUUGAGGGCUAUAGAGAAGCAAAAAUUGGAUAUGGUGUUGGCUACGACAUCAAAACCUCUAUUUUGCGAGCUGCAUACGAGUGCCCCUUCCUUGGAGUGUCUUUACAGGAAUCAGAUGGUGUGAUUUUAUGUGUUAUUGCAAGUUCCAGUGCACUUGAUUCUCAUGAUGUGAACAUCAUCUGCCAAACUUUUCGGCAAACAACUGGAUGGAGGAGGGAACUUGUAAUAUCAGUUAUUCAUGAAGCCAACAUGGAUGCAAAUUUGAUACUGACUACUCUAAUUGUGUGUGGGUGCAUUGUGCAACAACCAUCAUACAGGAAUAGCUUACUUUUUAGAUUGGCCCAACAUUUCCCCUUCAUUUCUAAUUUCUUCAAGAAGCCUGAUCCUCAUUCUGCUGAAAUGCCUUAUAUGGAUUCCAUGGAUGGUAUGAGGCCCGUUCAAUGUAAGGCUGAGGAUGUACCAUUUUCUGGUAAGGAACUACAAGAGCUAUCUCACAUCACGGGUGAAGAAAAAUUUCUCUCAAUGGGUUGUGAAAGCGGUCCUGUGCAAAGCAAAAUUGCAUUCUCUGCAACUGACUUUUCUGUCAUUGAUGAUGUAAUCAAUACUGAAGGAGGUGUUCCAACUUUCAGAAGAGAGCUACUUACAAGGCAAAACCUACAUCCUGGAUUUGAAAUCCGACAAGGCGGGGUGAAAGAAGGCACUGAUGACCUGGAAACCUAUGAAUCUGAUGUUAGCAGAACAUUCAGACUCCCUGUGGGUGUAAAACAAUUAGAGCAAUCAAAAAAUGGUUCAACUGCCUCAAACUCCUUAAACUGGACAGAAUGGAUGACUGAUGAAAUUAAAAGGGCAAAAACUCCGGAUGAUAAGGGCCGCAUCCCUUGGUAUAGAAUGAACCCUGACAGUGAGUCUAUGUUGGUAGUGGACAACCAUGCUACAAUAGUAACACAAGGAGAUCAGAACAAUUUUUCGAAGAACAAGGGAGUUCUCUCAGUUCGUGCAGCCUCAAUGCUGGAAUCUGAACGAGAUACACAGAAGAAGUGGAUUCCUGUAGUUGAACUGAAGUACAGGGGAGGCAUAUACAGAGGACGCAUCCAAGGAGGACUUCCUGAAGGAAAGGGACGUCUGUCUCUUAGAGAUGGAAGCGUAUAUGAUGGCAUGUGGCGCUAUGGAAGGAGGUCAGGGCUUGGCACAAUGUACUUUAGUAAUGGUAACAUCUACCGCGGUUCAUGGAGGGAUGAUUUGAUGCACGGGAAGGGAUGGGUUUACUUUCACACCGGGGAUCGCUGGUUUGUUGACUUCUGGAAGGGAAAAGCAAAUGGAGAAGGGCGUUUUUAUUGCAAGAAUGGUGAUGUAUCAUUUGGCCACUUCAAAGAUGGAUGGCGGCAUGGUCAGUUUCUUAAUUUAAUCAUUGAUGGAACAAGUCACGCACGCCUCCUGCACUGCCACUUCUCCUCUUUCAUGUCUGCAUCUCCCUUCUCUCCCAUCUUCAGAUCUACAACAUAGCUCUCUCCCAUGGAUUUCAAUGGCGGAAAAAUUACACUAUCUCCGGCUGCCAACUUCACAUCUACAACGCUACUAGUUCUCGCCGGUCCUCCAGUCUCCGGCGCUGCGACGGUCUUUGAUCUCCGCAUGAAAUUUUGACAAAAAUCUACAUCAGUCUCGCCGGAAUCUCGCUGGAGGAGAAGGUGGCACAAAGUGAGAAGGCGGCACCGCCGAAUAAAGCGCCGGCGGCGACCACGCCUGAUGAGGCGGACUGCUACGGACGAUUUCAGAUGUGCGGCCAGGUGUUGCGGCUGGAUUUCAAUUGUGGUGGCGUCCAACAGCCAGCGGCGUCAUUGAGCUGUCUGCAAUUAUUUUGGGGUAGCACGCCAGCACAUCUCUGGAAAACUUGUGCUCCGUAUUAUUGUUUUGUUUUACUACGGUAUUGUAAUACUCCGUAUUCAUUAUUAAUAAAGAAAUCAGUUAUUCAUUAAGGGUAGUUUAGUCAACCCAUGUUUUUUUACUCCUAAACAACUUUAUAGUCCUACUUUUGCACUUUUAGUAUGUUUUACUCCUACUUUUGGAAUU